UUAAAAAACAACAACAUGUAUGCUGGACGGAAAAGAAGAAAACCGGCACAGAAGGGAGUCAAACAGACCCCUGCUGAAGGCGCCAAGUCCAACCCGUCCAAACGCCACCGUGACCGUCUGAAUUCAGAGCUGGACCGGCUUGCCAGCCUCCUGCCCUUCUCCGAAGAUGUCAUCUCCAGCCUGGAUAAACUGUCCAUCCUGAGGCUCAGCGUCAGCUUCCUCCGUACCAAGAGCUUCUUCUCAGUGGCUCUGAAGAACCAGCUGUCCAAUGGCAUGAACAAGAGGAGCGACCACAAUGAUGAGAGUAAGACAACAGGAUCUGCAGACGGCCACAUACCUGAGGGGGAGCUGCUGCUGCAGGCCCUGAACGGCUUCGUCCUCGUGGUAACGGCUGAGGGAAUCAUCUUCUUCUGCUCCCACACCAUCCAGGAUUACCUUGGCUUCCAUCAGACUGACGUGAUGCAUCAGAGUGUGUUUGAGCUGAUCCACACUGAAGACCAGCAGGAGUUCAGGAGAAACCUGCACUGGGCCCUCAACCCCCCUGCUGGCCUUGGACCCCCCCUGGAUCCCUCGACAGAUGGCGAGUCGGUGUCGACCCCUCCCUGCCUGGUGAGCUACAGCCCUGACCAGCUUCCACCUGAAAACUCCUCUUUUCUGGAGCGAGGCUUCGUCUGCCGCUUCCGCUGUUUGUUGGACAACUCCUCCGGCUUCUUGGCGUUGAACAUCCAGGGUCGGUUGAAGUUCCUCCACGGUCAGAGCCGUCAGCAUUGUGACAGCAAGGACAGCACGCCGCCUCAGCUCGCUCUCUUUGCCAUCGCCACACCCCUCCAGCCUCCAGCCAUCCUGGAAAUCAGAACAAGGAAUAUGAUCUUCAGGACCAAACACAAACUCGAUUUUACACCCAUGGCCUGUGACGCAAAGGGUAAAAUAGUUCUGGGCUACACCGAGGCGGAGCUGAGAGUUCGUGGUUCAGGUUACCAGUUCAUCCACGCUGCCGACAUGCUGUACUGCGCUGAAAACCACGUCCGAAUGAUAAAGACGGGCGAGAGCGGCCUCACCGUCUUCAGGCUGCUCACCAAGGACAACCGGUGGAAGUGGGUCCAGGCCAACGCCCGGCUCGUCUACAAGAACGGCAAGCCGGACUACAUCAUUGCCACCCAGAGGCCUUUGGUGGAUGAGGAAGGAGGGGAACACCUGAGGAAGCGAUCCAUGCACCUCCCUUUUACCUUCGCCACCGGAGAGGCGCUGCUCUACCAGACUGGUUAUCCGCUGCACGGCUUCCCUGAUUCCUUUCAGGGCAAAGCCAAAGGCAGCAAGUCCAAAAAGGGCAAACUGGACAAGAGCUCUGAAGAUGACCUAGACCCAAAGUCCCUGCUGGGAGCACUGAUGAGCCAGGAUGAAUCCGUGUACGUCUGCCAGCCAGACACAGAGCCUAAGAUGUCCUACCACAGCAGCCUUUUUAGCGAGCAGCAAAAGACAGGGAGAUGCAAUGGUAAAACAUCCAGUUAUGAUCCACUUCUGUCCACUCUGGAUUCCUUGUCUCUAGACGGUGACGAGACAUGCUCCAACAGCGAGCUAUUCAGCGCUCUGGAGAAUCUAGGCCUGAACGCCGAAGACCUGGAGCUCCUGCUGUUGGACGAGAGGAUGAUCCAGGUGGAGCUCGACCCCAACCACAUCCCGACCCUCAGUGACCUUCUCACCAACAACGAAAUCCUCUCCUACAUCCAUGAUUCUCUGGAGAGUGGCACUGAGGGAGAGGAACAAGGGACCAGAGGUGGAUUUGGACCCUCAAGCCAUCCACCAAACCCAGACUCAGCCCCAAGUGUCUCCCAGCGGGCAUGUUUGACACCUACUGUCCCUCCAGCUCUUCCAAGCAGCAGGCAGCCCAUUGUCCAGCUGUCACAACAGAUGCAGCAACACAUCAGUGCAGGUGAGCUGGUGAAAGCUCAACCGGGGCAGAGCCAGUCCGUCUCCCAGCCUGGACCUGUGGACAGCAACAUUUUACCUGGGAUUCCUAAUGGCCACUGGGUGGUCACGACGGAGAACCACCAUCAUCCCAGCAAUCACACCCAUCACCACCAACAUACUGUUCUCAAAACCCCACAGGUGAACGGUGAACAUAAACACCUUAAUCCACUUCUGGGAGCAGGUCAACAGUGGCAGCUCCAGCAGGACCACCACUCAGUCCAACUGCAGUCCCAUCAGCAGGGGAGCAGCCAGAUUGCUUUGUUGCCUGGUUACCAGAAUCAGCUUGGACUGACAACACCCGGAUCUUACAUCCCAAACGGACACACAGCCUUUCCACCAAACAUGGAGGUCAGCCACACACGUUACAGUAUCUCCAACACACCACAUGCAGGUGGCACAGGACUGACAGGUGUGAUCACACCGGAUGUUUAUCUCUAUCAGAGGCCCUACCAGCUGCAGGGUCACCACAUACACCAGCAGCAGCAGCAGGUGUUGCAGCAGACUCAGGUUCCUCCAUCUUGUUUGCCCCGGUGUCCCACCCAGAGCUCUGCGCUUGACUUGGAGCAGUUACUGGGUGUGUCGCAGCCACAGCACAGCCUGGCGUCAUUAGAGGCCUACAACAUAUUCAACAGCAGUGCAGAGGAGACCACUCACAGCAAGCUGGAGAACGGCUGCCUCCUCAACACAGCGUACAUGAAGACGUGUCUUAUGCCCAAUGGAAAUGGAGUGGUGACAGACAACAUCCCCCACUCGGCCCCCGAAGGACUCCCUGCUCUACAGGACCCCCCAAAGUCUGGAUUCUUCCUCUGAAGGGAGGAGGGCCAAGCAUCAGUG